UCUCCAUAACUAACGUUCUUAUACUAGGCCGUCGAGGUUGCUGCCAAGUCACAGAGUGAUACUGUUGCGGACAGAAAUGCUGGCAAAGUUUCCGUCGAGAAGAUGAUCAAAGACAAUGUAACCGUCACAGACAUUGAUGCUCUGGAUCUAUACGAAUUUUCAUGCUCUCAUGUCAAUGUGAAAUAUCCUGAGACAAUUGGUGUGCUCCGUGUCAGAUUUGUGAAAGCCGCACCAAAGGACCAGAAAGCAUGCAUUCGUUGCUUUAACGCUUGUGUCUGGAAUUCCGAUUGGAAAAAUGCUCAGCAGAUUGCGGCGUCAUUGAAUAAGAAUUUCACCGAUCGGAAGUUCUUGUUUCAAUACAUUAUGGCAACACAUUUGUAUUCUCUGUCUCAGGACUGCCCCGAGGCCAGCAGAAAAAUUUUCGCAUCUCUCGCAAAAGCUCAAGCCGACAAGGCCUUUGAUAACCGCACUGAAAGUAACGGCCAAUUACAACGUACCGAUCGAACUGCGCUGACAGAAUCCGAAGACUGGAUGUGGUUGGAAAUCCGAAUCGCCCAUUGCAGUCCGAAGGAAAACUUAGAGCUGUUCAAGAAGCCAGGGUAUACGGCCCUCGAUUUCCUUCGAAUUGGCCGGCAUGAGCCAUUCUGGAGAAUUAUCAAGUACUUCGAGGAACAGGGCGACUCGGAUGAGAUUUUCCGGAUUGGAGAACUUACCUUGAAAGAUGCUAUCCGUACUUUGCAAUCGGAGGCGGACCUUAUCGAAAAGAACGAGAAGGUCAUAAAUCUAAAGAAGCUUGUCCACAACAGUAACGACCAGGAUUCCCCGGAAAUAGUGUCGUCAGUCAAGGCGGACUUACGUCGCGCUAUGUACUUAGCUAGACCUGAUAGAAGUGUGCAGGCCCAUUGCUACGUCCUCGAAAACUGCGAGUAUAAGGUGCUGCAGGUUUGGUUCAAUGCGGCAAAGCGUCAAGCUGACCCGAAAAAGGCGAUGAAGCAACUUGGGAACUUGAUUGAGAAGCUGACUAGGGCCUUAGAGAGGGCAGGUUGUAUGCAACCGAUCUAUGCGAAAUCAUUGGAGCUUAUGAGCCUUUCGAUCAACGUCUCACGAGCUUCUUUAGCGGACCUAGGACCGAACCCAUCCUUCACUGGACGGGUUGCUAAUCUUCUCAAACAUGUCGUUAAAAAUUACGACAACCCUACGUCCGUGGACGAGGCCAUGGUGCUCAUACGGCAGUUGAGUAUGUCGGAAGUUGCUGCGUUCCUAGCAACUUUCCAAGCUGUUGCCAAUCAGUGUACCCACGCCUUCACGCGUUAUACACUGACAUCAAUCUGUCUAAAAAUCUGGUACGCCACGGUGAUAGGUACCGGCCUUACGUGCAAAUUUUGUGGCGCCGAACUGGUAGGCGACGCCUGCAUGCAUUGUUCCAAGGAGCUUGCCGAAAAUGCCUUAAAUAUAUACAAGGCUGGCAUCAAAGACGGUAAUCUCCUUCAGGAGAUACUAUCUCGCCAGCGCACAAAUCCGCUUUCGGAUAUUGCGGUAAUUGGUUCCAUAUGUCUCCUAAGAGUCGCAAGACUAGGAAACUCGUGGACGCCGCAUGGAACUAGUUCUUUGUAUCGCGCGAAUAUCCAGUUGUUCAUGCAGGCUGUCCUAUGGUUGGAUUCGUGUAGGGAGACCUCAACGAUCGUAUCUACCGACCAUACUCUGCUUCUAAUCAAAUUAUAUAUUUUGAUGGGAGCAGUACCUCGGGCGAAAACUAUCUGGGAUGGCCUAGACGUCAAGAAUGCUCUCCUAGAUUCACUAGGAUUGCUCUUCAUCGAUCGAUUAUCUUCAAUUGCCCCAGGCCUUUUCAUGGGGUCGAAUCGCGGCAAUCCAGUGGACCCUUUUAUAAUACAUUUCACGCGGGCACUUAAGACAACUGUGCCUAAGAGGAUUAUGGAUUCUCUUGAUCAGGAGACAUACUCGAGCAUUCCGGGAAUAAUCGAAUAUGCCGAAAAGCACGCUACAAGUUGUACCGUUGCUCUAGCCGUGCUAGAAGAACGUCGAGGUGCUCGAAUGAAAACGAACAAGGCAGAGGUACCCAUAGAGGACCAGCCUCUCGUGAGGGAUCUUUUGAUCAAGCAUGAACUCAAAGAUGUGACUGACUAUAAAGUCUUCAAUAUCCCAAGUGGACAGGAUCCAAAAAGCCAGUCCAGUGGCGAGACGUCGCACCAGUCCAUCGUUCACUAUGGGCCUUUACCUUCGAGCGACCGAGCCCACCUUGGAUUGCUAUCUGAACGCUUCUUUGAUCUCGUGUCUUACGCACAGCCCAAGGAAUACAAGCCGCCAAAGGCUGGGCGGGUCAUUCAACUGGACUUGGAAUACGCGCUUGCUACGUCCGCGCGCCUCGAAAAGGACAUGAGGACUCUCAUGCCCCUUCUUGACCCAAGCCUCUCUGAGAAAGAGCAGGCUAAGCUGAACCGACAACAAGAACGAAUUAGGACAUCGCUCACAUCGCCCGAGCUAUGGUAUCAUAGUAUCAUUCAUAGGCUGGCAAGUUUGGUGAAAGAGAUCGUCGAAUCCGGGAUCCUUAAAGGUGCUACCAACGAUACUCGUGACCGCAUUCGUUCUGCUAUCAAAGAAACGAUCGAAGAGCUGGAAUUACAGACCAAUGAUUUUCUGGUCAUGCCAGAAAACAUUCACUCGAAGCUGUACGGUUUCCACGGAUUCGCCGCCUUGCAUGCUAUGGGCAUGUUACGCGAAACCGUUAUCAUCUUCAAGCAUACGACCAAUUACCUCACGACUGUGUCCGAGAAAGCCAAGAAUGUUGACAAGCUCCGGUCCCAGGCCGAGCUGGCGUGGCUGGCUCCUGAGCUCAAGAAAAUGAUGACAGCGGCGGCUAGCUCGGAGAAAUCUGUCAAGGACCGCAUUAAGCUGCUACAGAGCUACCUUGACAAUGUCGAUGGCUGGCGAGAUCGUCUAUGCGAUUGGGUCUUUGGCGAAUACGCCACAGUGCGCGACGAGGAUAAAGAGUUUAAGAACCAUGUCUGUGAGGAAAUGAGGAGUAUUGUUCCCAAGGAGAAUGCCGAGAAGUGGGCUGACGAUAUCGGCGACUCGUGGCGAGAACUAAUUAAGGGUUGGGCCGCCGUCAAGUUUGACUGAUCCUCUAAUUUAUCGGUUUGUCACUCGUGUCUAUACUUGGUUCUAUCCGACUACUUUUGUUUUGCACGCUGGCCACAAGGACGAGGGGUUUCCUAACAGCAUUACGG